AGAAGGUGGUGAGGUGCAAACUGCAGGAGAAGACAAGAAACACAAGGAAAAGAUCCAACUGUCAGCCACAGGGCUUUAACAUGCAUACUGAAUACACAGUUUACCAAAGCAACAGUAACAUACAGUUAAAUUAAAGGCAGAAAUACUCAGAAACACUGACAAUUUAAUUCAAAUAUUAUUUCCACAUCACAUACAUGCAGCCUUACCUUACAGAACUGGAACAUCUAAGAAAACCUAUGUUUGUUAGGCAUGUUCCUAAAUGUCUGAAUGAGACAUACAUACAGUUUCAUAUGGUAAUAAUAGAAAUGUAGAUACACUGAAGCUAUGAGGCCACAUUAUUGUUUCGAUUUAUUGAAAUAAGGGGAAAUUAUAUAAUGCAAGAACAGUGUUUCUCAGUCUCUUAAUGGGAGAUAAUCAAAAUUUUACACAUAUUAAAUAACAUUUACACACCACAUUUAUUACUAUAAAAUCAGGAUUGUGAUAAGAGCUCAUGUUAAGUGUGCCAUUAACAUCAGAGACUGAGAAACACUGUUGUUGGUAGCCAAGACAAAUGAUUAGGCUUUAAGUUUUAAAAGGUUCAUUUCCCCUGCACCCUGAAUUCCAAACUACACUGCAAACUGGCUCAAAAGGGUUCACACUGGAAACAACCAGGGCCCAUAUUCAACAAAUGUUUGAAAUUAGAGUAGGAAUAACCUGGAAUGCAGAAAAAAAGCACUACUUUUUAUAUGUAGGCUUUGUGUGUAUAAGUAAUUAUCUAGUUAUCUAGAACACAGUAAAAAAAAACUAAGAGACAGCUCAUAACAACUGUUAUAUUUUGUAAUACUGUCACGUUUCAUAUAUUGUGCUCUCACAGGUGUAAGAAUGAAUCAACAUCAUCGUCACGCCAUCAACCCUUGCAGUGCUGCAUUCACUAUCUGAGGAACAGUUUCUGUGCAUGAAUACAACCAUGUGUGUGUCUGCUGCCUGCCUCCAAAAAGUCCACAUCGGCCUGUUCACAUGGACAGCAUGACUUGGCUAACGCUAACAGUGCCGGUUACAGGUGUGUACCGGUCUGGUAACCGGCUGCUCUCCCGGGACAGAUGUUCUCCUCGCGCGGAGCAGCAGCAGCAGCGCGAGCGCAGGUGUCACGACCUCAGUAAUUAGAGUCCAGCUGUGGACGUUUGAACGGAGCCGCGAAUCGGAGCCUGUCGUGAAUUAUUAGUCUUGGUUUGUCCGUCCAGACUGCGAGCAGCUCCUCCGUCAGUUUGCGUUUUGGCGCAACAGGACUCGCAGCCCUGCAAGGAGUCUCCCUCUCUCCUCCUCCUCCCUCCGUCUCCGGCUCUCUGUCUGUUGGAGAAGCUGCGCUCCUCACCCAGGUGUGACAUUUUUGAGGUGCUUCACUGGAACCGCGUCCCGCCGCAGACAACAUGACGGAUUCCACACCGCCAGACUCCACCGCCGUCCCGGACCCGGCUGUAGUUGUGGACCCCCAGGUGGUGAACGGCCAGUGCGAGCAGGCGGACCCCCAGCAGGAGCAGCAAGAGCCCAGCGCGGAAAGUCAAGCAGAGGGCUUCAAGAUGGACCAGGAGAUGAAGAUUACAGACAGCAUAGAGGACCGAGGUCUUCUGGAGAGCAGCAUGCGUCUGAAGCCUCAUGAAGCUCAGAGUUACCGCAAGAAAGCUCUGUGGGUGUCCUGGGUGUCCAUCGUGGUCACCAUUGUCCUGGCCAUCGCCGCUUUCACUGUUUCCAUUAUGCGCCACAGUGCUUCAGCUUUUGGAUUUGCUUUUGAUGCCACGCUGGAUGUGUUGUCCUCUGUCAUCGUGUUGUGGCGGUACAGCAACGCCGCUGCCGUCCACUCAGCACACCGCGAGUACAUAGCUUGUGUUAUCCUGGGUGUGAUUUUCAUCCUGUCCUCCCUGUGCAUUCUGGGUAAGGCCAUCCAUGACUUGGCCACCAAGCUGCUACCUGAAGUGGAUGACUUCUUGUUCAGCGUGUCCAUCGUCAGCGGCUUGGUAUGCAUCAUCCUGGCUGUGGUCAAGUUCAUGCUGGGCAAAGUCCUCACAAGCCGAGCUCUUAUUACUGAUGGAUUUAACUCUCUAGUGGGAGGGAUCAUGGGCUUUUCCAUCCUCAUCAGUGCUGAAGUGUUCAAGCAUGAGCCCAAGGUGUGGUACCUGGAUGGAACAAUAGGAGUCCUCAUAGGACUGAUCAUCCUCGCCUACGGAGUAAAGCUGCUGCUGGACAUGGUCCCACGGGUCCGACAAACCAGGAACUACGAACGCUUUGAGUGAUGGAUCACAGAGGAGAAGAAGGAGGUUUGGGAGGGAUGGAAGGGGGCUGACUGAGUGACUGACAGGACAGGGACUGUAGAGACUCUCCCUACAGUCUCUCCACAGACAAUCACAUUCAGUCCUCGUGGUGCCAGCAGAGGCGUCAGAGUCUGUACAGUCCUUCUUCAAAGGUUUGAACUAAGGAUACAAGGCGGAUGAUGACAGAGGAUAAAACUCCUGACACACUUCAAGUGUUUUACAGUUUGGUGUACAUAUAAUAUCUUCAUCUGUCUUUUAACAGUGAAUGGGGUAGUCUGCUCUUCCAUGCCUCCAUAUUUAAACAGGAAAUGGAGAACCAGGAAGGAGUUAGACUAACUUUAAAGAGUUGUUCACUCAGAUGUAGACACAGAUGAGCUCGGACUGCAGUGUACUGGAGACAGAUGAACCCCAAGAGGCCAUAGCUCUAUAAAAGCAACAGAUUUUUGUACACCUCAUCGUCCCGUCACAACACUGCGGUUUAUUUUUCCCAUGGUUCCUAGCGGCCUUUGCUCAGCUGUGCUCUAAAAUGUUGCAGUGCAGCAGGUCAAGCUGAUUGAUGUAGCUGAUGUAGCAGUGGAGUAUUAAUGGUGUUUUACCUUUUUAUGACUAGAGACAGGAUAUAUCGAUAUAAGGCCCAUUUGGCAUGGGAGCAGGUACAUAAGCACACACACAGAGGCACAGAGAUGUGAGAUUUGCUGUUUACAAUAUUUAUCCAGACUGCUCGGAUGGAAACCUUGAGUGGGCAGUUUCGGCUAUAUAAUGUGAGCUUUCGGUUCUGGAGGGUAAAAAUCAGUGACACAAAGGACUCAUGACCUGAGUCGAGCUUUACUUCACUACGAAUCUGACAGAGGGAAAAUACACAGAACUCACUUGGAAAAUCAUUUGUUCAUUGAGAACUUGCACCAUCUACUGACCAGCAGAGGUUCCUGCAACAUGUAUGUCAAUAUAUUUGAAUGUUUAGGUGACAAAACUGUUUAAAGGUCAAAGAAAGCUUUUUCAGUACAUGUGAUAACAGUUAAAUUAUUGCACACUGUUGGCACUGAGUUCUUUGUUUGGCAUCAAUUUCACUACAUUUAGAUGCAUAUUUAUACUAGACUCAAAGGCUGCAACAACCAAUCAAAAGAGGAGCUAUACCUCAAACACCUGGAGCAAUUAGCACAGAAAUAAUUGAGAUAACGUUCUUAAAAGCAGACAUGCGGUAUUCAUCAAGAUCCAGAUGUUACAAAUAAACUUGUAUUAAAACCAGGUUCUCUCUCCCUCUCUAAAAGAUAGACCAAGUCAAAGCAACAGACUGUAAUAAAAUGACACGUCUUCACUUUGGAGCUGUUGUUUUGAAACAGUUCCAGCAGACCUUUAGCACAGCUGCAUUGUCUGUUCAUAGUGUUAUUUCUAGACUUUUUAGGCUUAGAUUUAUGUAUGAUUAAACAAUAUGUCACAGAUGAGUAGUUCAGGGACCUUUAUGGAGUUACAUUUCUGCUGAUAAUUUCUGUUUUUACAAUUUCUGGCAAUGACAAAUUGGAUAACAUGCCUUUUAACAUGCUGCUCCGAGGGUUAAGCUUCAUUAAUAGUCAGUUAAUAGUCAGUCGUCAUUCUGCAACUUCCAGGUGUUCUGCCUCACAUUGUACGAUUUAACCUUUAUGGAAAUAUAGUCUUGUUUGGUUGCUGGUGCCACUUCUCCUGCUGCUUCACACUGGUUGAUUAGGUGGGACUGUUUGUUUGGCUUUAGGGUCGAACUCACUCUAAUCGCAUUUGACUGGCAACUAAUGUAUGACAACAUCUGAGUAGCUGAAAAUCACAAACCACCUCUAUGGAUUGGACUAGCUUAGAUUCAGUUAGAUAGCAGUUGUUCUUGUAUUAGUGUGUAUUUCUGUAUUUUCCUCACAGUUGCCAGGUUCAGGUGGCCUUUUGGCUCCGGUGCAGUCAGUGUGUAAAUCCUCUCCCAACACUGUCAAUAUGAUAAUCAGCACUGAGAGCAGUCAGUGGAUUGAGUUAGAUCAGUGCUGGGGUCUUUGCAGUGGGGGUUUGUCACAGUCUAAGGCAGGUUUAAUGAGAAUCACUUGGUGCUUUUAGUCCAGUUUUGCGAUGCUGAAUUAAGGCCCUGACUGAGAUGUAUCAUAAUGAACUCAGUGUUCACAGUUUGCAGGAAUUUAACUGUUUCUUUUGCAUAAUUUACUCAGUGUAUUAGGUACACCUAGCUAAAACAUUUUUUUCCUUUCUCAGAAUAGGCCUUAUAUAAAAUUUAGGCGCUUUCCUUUUACUUCUGACUAUUUGAACUAUUAUACUUGGAUAUAAGAAACCCCAGUUAACCCCUUCACACCUAAUGUUGUGAAUUUACAAUAUACCACUUUCAUUCAGACUGCAGCAGAGAUAGCGUAUCCAUUCCCCCAAUACCCGUUUGUACAUAGUCAAUACGUACCUCGAAACCUUUUGCAAGCACUGGUUUCUCGCAAGUCGGAGUGGGACCUAAUUAUUAUAUGUCUGUUAGUAUUAUUAUAUAUCUGUUCUAUCUGUGAUAGAUACAUUAAAAAUCUCCACUUAUUCUAGCGUCAGCUGGAAAGCAAAAACACACAAAAAAUGUUGUUUUAUUUAAUUUUAAAUAAAUUCAGCCAUCAAGGGGUUAACAAAACUGGGCUCAAAAUAUUUCUAUAUAUUUUUUUAAAUUCUCAGUUAUUAUUAUUUUGAUACUGGUCAUUUCUCUUUGGCACUGGCUAAAACCUUCUUAGGGGCAGAAAACAGGACCCUGAGUCUGAUACAAAAGGCCUACAAGAAAUGAUUAUGUUUGUUGAAGGUGUUUUAGAGAGAUGUUAGAAAAAACUGUCUGGUUAGUUUGUGGUGCUGCUAAAUUGUAUAGUGACAGUGGCUUCUAUUAUUUUGACCACUCUAUUUGUAUCAGUUAAAGGUAAAUAAGAGACACUACAGUACAUUAAUCAAUAUCAAAUACAGCCACCUUCAUGACAGGAGGAUUUAUCGUAGGACUGAUGUUUGAAGCUACACGAGUUUUAGCAAAGUGUACCUGCUAAACUGACAGUGUGUGUGUGUGUGUUUGUGUGUGUGUGUGUGUGUGCGUGUGUUUGGACUCUAUAAGCCUGAUCACUGUUUCCACUGAUCACGUUUUUGGCUCCAUAUCAGUGAACCGGCUGCGUCUCACACACCCUGUGGUGAUGGUUUUGGACAUUAAACGAGUCAAUAUUUAUCUUCUGAAUAAUUUAUCAAGUGUCAAUAUGUGUCCUCUCUUAUCUGGAGGCGCUGUUUGUUUUGGGAUUCAGAACGGCGGCUCCAAAAUCUUCUGUCGAUAUAAGCAUGUUGACAUGUGAAGUAAUGACGCGGUAAUAAAACUGAUUCAUGUUAA